AUGGACAAGGCUGAGGCACUCAAUGACUUUUAUGCCUCAGUCCUCACCGGCAAGGGCUCUCACCACACCGCCCAAGUCACAGAAGGCAAAGGCAGGGACUGGGAGAAUGAGGUACCGCCCACCGGAGGCAACAAGAUGAUCAAUAAGAAGGUGGUCUCCUGGUUGGCAGUCAUGCAGACUGGUGGGGCUCAAACGCGGCAGCGCAUGUCCGGCUGUGACCUCCUGGAGGAUGGGAGCACCAGGGGGUAUUAUCAGAGCGCUUACGACGGGAGGGACUUCAUCGCCUUCGACAUGGACACGAUGACGUUCACUGCAGCGGAUACAGCGGCACAGAUCACCAAGAGGAAGUGGGAGGAGGACGGGACAGUCGCUGAGCAGUUGAAGCACUACCUGCAGAUCACUUGCAUCGAGUGGCUGAGGAAAUACGUGAGCUACGGGCGGGCCGUGCUGGAGAGGAAAGAGCCCCCCAUGGUCCGAGUGUCGGGGAAGGAGGCCUACGGGACCUUGACCUUGCGCUGCCGCGCUUACGGCUUCUACCCGCGGCCCAUCACCGUCAGCUGGCUGAAGGACGGCGAGGUCAGGGACCAGGAGACCGAGUGGGGCAGCAUCGUGCCCAACAGCGACGGCACCUACUACACCUGGGCCUCCAUUGACGCCCUCCCGGAGGAGAAGGACAAGUACCGGUGCCGCGUGGAGCACGCCAGCCUGCCUGAGCCCGUCCUCUACGCGUGGGAGACGGAGUCCAACCUGUUGGUCAUCGUGCUGGGGGUGGCCGGUGCCAUCCUGGUUGUCAUCACCAUCGUGGCCGGGUUUGCCCUAUGGAAGCGCAGUUCGGGGAAGAAGAAGAAGGACUACCAAAUGGCGUCAAGCACGGACGGGGGUUCUGGCAGCUCAACCACAGGUACGGCGUGGGGAUGGAUGGAGCGGCAUCAGCUCUCUGCUGCCCCGUGGGACCCACAGCCGGGGCAACACCGGGCUGUGGGAGAGGGGCACCGAGACCCCCAGAGCUGA